AUGUUCAAAACUCUAACGUUUUUCAUUUUAGUAGCAAUUCUUAGUUUUGCUCAAGGAACAAGUUUUCAAUCUGUUCCGGUUAUGGUAAGGCUCAACUACAUAUCUUUCAAUACCGUAGUUUUUCAGACCCCACAGUCAUUUGUAGUUCAUAUCAACAAAGAUUCGGAAGGAAUAACAAGACAACUUACAUCAACUCCCAACAUAUGGCAAUUUUUCUAUUUCUGCGACAAUCAAAAAUACAAAGGAAAAUGUGGAUUCUGGGUUGAUGAGGUGAGUUCUUCUUCUUUUUUUAAAGAAAAAAAUAAAUAAAUGUAUUACAGAAAAACAACAAAAUCGCAGGAGCAAAUAAUAAUGUGAAAAGAAGCGGCGAAGAAGUUACCAUUUCGGAAAGUGUUGUCGAAGAUGCUGGAAUUUACGCGAAAUUCCCACAAAACCCAGAUUGGAAUCAAGCUUAUCUUGAAAGAUUGGAGGUUUUAGUUCAAGGACCACCAAGGCCACCAUAUUAA